CAUAUUUCAAUUUUCAAUCUCAAUCAGUCAGUUUUGUGAGCUGUCGUAGGAAUCUAUCAAUGGUGUUAUUUGUCACUACGCGAAAAUAAUAAUAUUGAGAACAUGUACUAGCUGAGUGUUCUGGUUUUAUGAUUAAUUUUUAUUAGUUUUGUUUUGAUAUUUUCAACGCUAAUGCAAACGCCGCAGUUGUAGUGUUUGUGCAGCUCUUAUUAAUAAUAUUUGUGUACAUAUGUUAGUAUCUGUCUUGAUACAACGAAUACAGAAUAAGGUAUUGUUUAUAUCUUCCUGUUGUUUGCAAAGUAUAUUUCAGAUUAGGUAGGCCAUGCACUGAGAGCAAAAGGUGAUUUUGGACAUACAGUUUGUGGUUUCCUCUUUUCUUCAAAAAAUAGAAAUAGUUGAUACGUACAACAUGUGCUUUGUGAAACCAUACUGACACAUACACAAAGAAAAAUUCCAACUUAGAGAGAAAUCAUGCGAGGUUCAAUCGAAAAUGAUGUAACGCCUUGCGUUGCCGGCCAACGUAAAAAGAGGUUUCCCGGCAGAUGGUCCUUAAGGCAUCUCAUUUAUUCUAGUCCUAUUUUGAACAGAAGACGAGCCCAAAACGCUUCGGGACCAUCCAAAAGCCAUACAAAACGAGAGGGUAAAGAUGUACCAGAUAGUAGCAAAGCAGGAAACAGUUCCAAAGAAAAUGACAGGCACCAUGUGGAGAUUCAUCAAGCCACUAGCAGAACAUCGGUAUAUACUACAAGUACUAAGAGUGGUGAAGCUCUGCCCUCAUCCUUGGAAUGUCCUCUCUGCUUCGCAGAGUUAACGCCAGAAGAGUUUUGCGAAUUGGAGGCUUGCGGCCAUAGAGCGUGUAUACCAUGCUUCCAGCAGUAUCUUCGCGUUGAAAUCACAGAGUCGCGAAUAUGUAUAUCCUGCCCUCAAUGCUUAGAACCGAUGCAUCCUAAUGAAAUUCGUGAUGUCUUGGAUAACCCUGCCCUCUUCGAGAAGUACGAAGAUUUCAUGGUACGCCGUGUGUUGGCUGUGGAUCCCGACACGCGAUGGUGCCCCGCCCCUGAUUGCUGUUUCGCAGUCAUAGCCAGCGAGUGCGCCAGCUGUCCCAAGCUGAAAUGCGAGCGUCCUGGAUGCGACUCAUACUUCUGUUACCACUGCAAAGCUGAAUGGCACCCUAACCAAACCUGUGACGCCGCCAGAGCUCAGAGAUCACCCAAUAUCCGAUCAUCGUCGAUUAGUUAUAGUCAGGAUUCGCAACAUAGAGAUGAUAUAAAACCAUGUCCUCGUUGUCAGGUGUUGAUAGUUAAAAUGGACGAUGGUUCAUGUAAUCAUAUGAUGUGCGCAGUUUGUGGCGCAGAAUUUUGUUGGCUGUGUAUGAAAGAGAUCAAUGAUCUUCACUUCCUUAGUCCGUCUGGUUGUACUUUUUGGGGUAAGAAACCCUGGUCAAGAAAGAAAAAAAUCCUUUGGCAAUUAGGUACGUUAGUGGGGGCACCUGUAGGCAUUGCUCUGGUGGCAGGAAUCACAGUUCCAGCUAUGGUUAUAGGCAUUCCAGUUUGGGUUGGUAGGAAGCUGUUCACUAGGUAUAAGUCGUCAGGAAAACACAAACGAAAUGCUGCCAUCGUUGGAGGAGUAGUAGCAUCGGUACUGAUCUCUCCUCUUUUAGCCGGCUUGGCCGUCGGUAUAGGUGUGCCGAUUCUUCUGUUUUACGUUUACGGUGUGGUCCCGGUAUCUUUGUGCCGAUCGGGAGGUUGCGGAGGCUCUUCUGCUUCCGAAGACUCGAACGUCAUCACUUCCAGAGCGGCCGACACGACGUCCAUGGACGCUGUUAGCACCAAAGGACCGAAUCCUUCCAUUGGAGAAGCUAGUCUUUCGCUUGCCAGCGGUAGUCAAGUACUUAGAGAUAUAGAUAGGGAAUCUGCUAGCACAGUAGCUCUCGCCGGUAGUUUAAAUCAAGCAGGUACAAGACUGGAAGUUCAGGCAGACCUGGUAUCAGCGCAAAGAUUCAGCCUGAGUAGCCUUAGCGAAUCUGUCAAUGCUAGUAUAGCCGAUGACGCCGGUGCUAGCGUUAGAGCUCUGGCAGGAUCAAUGCUUAAUUAUAAGGCUCCUGGUAGCGAUUCCUGCAGCUGCAUCACGACCGAAGACUGCACAUCCGAACGAGUCCGUUUCGAUGACAACGUCAGCUUCAUUACGUCUUCUCAAGCCGAAAAGACCAGCAUUGGAAGCAGCUGCAGUUUCCGAGCUCGAUGUGCUACAAAAUCCGCAUUGUCCAAAUCGACCGCUGCUGACAAGAUUAGCGACACGCUCAGCAACGACAGUAUAUGUAUAGAAAUAGACGAAAAACCUAAGAAGUAUUCUUCUCAAGCAGCUAUAUUGCGCAGUCAAUUUUUCCAUUCCAUUAACGACGGCAAACCCACUACGAAGAGCCUCGACGAUAAGACCAUCAUCGAAGUGUCCAACGAGACAUUGGACAAACAAUCUCAACCACUUAUAGUCACCGAGAACGGACCUGUGGUGGUCAAGCUGUCGUCUUCUCUCAAUUUCGAGAAUUCCAAGUUAUAGUUACCCUAUUUUUCUUAGAGACUUUUAUUUGUUAGAAUAUUUUUUGCUAAGACUGACGAUUCGGUAUAUAGGUCACGUUUUUUGAAAAUUCGUUGUAGUGUUGAGGUAUGAGAAACAUUUUCGUAUGUCCGAAACUGUUUUUCUUCCAAACACUCGAAAUAUUUUUUAUUUUAAUCAGCGUACAGUUCCCACAACCCAAAUGUGAACGCUCUUUGCUUGUUAUGAGGUUUUUUACUGAAAUUCAUUUUUGUAAAGCUGGCUGUGGUCAGUGAGGUUACAAAGAGAGUGGAGAAUAUUGAAAGCAAAAAUAUUUAUCUAAAUUUAAGCCACCAAGCUUCUCACUCUUUCUAAGUGGAAAAUUUGCUCGUCCCAGAUACUUACGAUAUCAAAAUAAUUGAGCUGUGCGAAACUCUUAUCCAGCCAAACGUGACCUAGUAUGCUGGAAUAUCCUCAAAGAUUUUCUUACUCAUUCGGACGUUCUGAAUAGGACCACUUUUUGCAUGGUCUUAUAUGGCUGUUGACUAGCUCCUAUCUAUUUGAUGUUCUCAAGGAGGUUCUUCGAAAUGACGCCAGUGAUAGGGAGAUACUUUUAUUAUUCAGCCCUAUUCUGUAACUACAAAUCGAAAAGAAAUGAGUCAAUUCGAAUAGAGGUCAGCAAGUCGGAUGGGGAUUUGUAGUAAUUGGUAGUCUGUAACUCAUCUCGACCUCUACGUAGCAAUUGAUUUCGACUAGACAAGCUCUGUCGAGAUUAAAUUUCCACAUCGAAAUUGGUCUUGACGCUUGCGCAUUGGCAUCAUUAUUGUUUUGACGUUUAUUUGUUAAAAUUAGCCAUUGGUUAAUUAUUUUUGUAGCUGCUUAAUGUUUUAGUCUGUGGUGUUAUUUAUUUGGAUAAUUCGUAUAUUUAAUUUUUGUCGUGUACAAUGGAUUUCCAAAUAUACAGGGUGUCCAGAAACUCUACCGACAAACGAAGACCGUAGAUUCCUCAGAUAAUUUUAAGAUAAUUUAACCCAAUUCACCUAGUCCGAAAAUGCUUCCUAAGGGAGCUAGAGCUCUUUGAAGAUGGCGUGAUGUAAUUAGUUUUUCUUAAAUACCUCCAGAACGCUUUAAUUUAGAAAAAAGAUAAUUGGUAUGCUUAUUUACUUUCCAGAGAUAGAUCGAUUUCAUCCAUUACGAAUUUCUAGUACCGGUCAUAGGCGUGCGUUUUGGGUAGGGCAACGGUUAUUUUAUCGCAUAACUUUUUUGUCUUUAACUUUUAAACAUUUCUAACACUGUAUUAUUAAAUUGUGAGGAAUUCUAGUACUAAUAGGUACUCUUGCUUUAAGUCGGUAGGACACACCGUUUUCUAGAAAAAUCGAUUUGAAAGUUUUUCGUUUUUGACAUUUGAAAAAAAAAUGAAACAAAUUUUCAAAAAAAAAACGAUGUAUUUUACCAACUUAAAGCAAGAGUAACGUUUAGUACUCGAAUACCUAAUAAUUUAAUAAUCUAGUGUUAAAAAUGCUUAAAAAUUAAAGACAAAACAACUAUGCUAUAAAAUAACUGGUGACCUACCCAAAACGGCCGCCUAUGACCGGUACUAGAAAUUCACAAUUUAUUAAAUCGAUUCAUCUCUGGAAUAUAAAUAAAUGUACCAGUUUUCUUCUUUCUAAAUAGUUUUUUUUUUAAUUAUUUUUUUGAUAUUCAAAAAACGAAAAAUUUUGAAAUCGAUUUUUCUAGAAAACGGUGUGUCCUACCGACUUAAAUCAAGAGUACCUUUUAGUACUAGAAUACCUCAUAAUUUAAUAAUUUAGUGUCAAAAAUGCUUAAAAGUUAAAGACAAAAAAGUUAUGCGAUAAAAUAACCGUUGCCCUACCCAAAAUGGACGCCUCUGACCGGUACUAGAAAUUGGCAAUGGAUGGAAUCUAUUUAUCUCUGGACGCGAAAUACGCGUACCAAUUUUAGUUUUUCUAAAUAGAAGCGUUCUGGAGGUAUUUAAGAAAAACUAAUUACAUGACGCCAUCUUCAAAGAGCUUUAGUCCCCUUAGGAAGCAAUUUCGGACUAGGUGAAUUGGGUUAAAUUAUCUUAAAAUUAUCUCAGGAAUCUCCUGUCUUCGUUUGUCGGUAGAGUUUCUGGACACCCUGUAUAUGGGUAUCAUUCUUGGAGGAGAAUUCGUCCCACCAUUUAUCAAUUAUUAUAUUAUUUGCUUCUGACGGUUUGGUUUUACCGUUCAAUAAUAUUUUAAAUUCGGAGAUAAAGUCUACUAAGUAAUUUAACUGCUCAGCAGAUGUUUUUUUCUUUGAUGUCCCGCUUGCCAUUUUUGAUUCUUUUGUUGAAUAAAAAAAAACCAAAACUACUCACAACAUUCAAUACUUCUUUUUUUUUAUGAAUUCUUCGCGCCUUUCCAGUAACUUAAAAUCGCAGAACACUUAUUUCACUUUUAAGUGCGGGGUUGCCACCACCUUCUGAGCGCGUAAAAUAGAAGUUGGCGUUUUCGAUUUACACUGAUUACUAUGUGAGUUACAGAAUGACAAUCCAAGCACGAAAAGGACCCGCGAUAGAUCUCCAACAUUCCGAUUUGGGUAAUUACGGUUCCACUUGGUCAUUUCUAUUCGAUUUGUUAAAAGUUGCAGAAUAGGGCUGAUUGCCAUUAAUGUCAUAAGCUGUCACAACACAUUCCAACCUUCUUGGCAUGAUAUAGUUUCUUGACUACGAAGCUCCAUAGAUUUUCAAUGAGGUUCAAAUCAGAACUUUGCUGGCCAUGCCAAUAGAUUUUGUUAUUGCACUUGGCUCACUAAUUUACGAUUCUAGACGUAUGGACUAGAAAAUGAUCCUGUAAUAAAAAUCAAUGAUAAACAGUUUUUAAUCUAUAAAGCCAAUUUUUUCCGCUGCUUGACUCUCUUAUUUUCAGCAGUUAAAAUACUUUUUAAACCAGCUUGUUUUAAGAGCAUUUGAGAUGUGAGAGAUCCUGUGUUUUAACAGCCGUGUCAAAGGAAUUUUGACGGAUAUAUCCCUCGAGAAGGUUUUCUCAAUUUUUAUUAGUGACUUUCCUACACCUUGUUUCAAAUACCUUUGCAAUCUUUGUUAUUUUUGAUACUGUUUCUUUACGUACAAUAUGAAACUUUUACUGGCAUUUAAUUUAGCAGAACCAAUUUUGUUAACUUAAGCGUUAGUUAAAUGCUCCAGCGUUUUUGAAAAUUUAUUUAACAAUGAUUUUUAAGAGCAAUCACAUUUAGGUUUCGUUAACUGUACAUGUUGCAUUUGUAGUAACGUAGUACUGAAAUAUAUAUUGAUUUAACGCCAAUUAACACUCAUGUAUCAUUCGUAUAAUACUUUCUUACCUUUUAUUGUUUCUAAUAUAAUAUUUUUAAUCUCUCCUCUUGUUUUAAUGUAUAGUUUCAAUACUAUUAAAAAUACGAGUUUGUUUUUACUAUUUUUUAUUCAACAAUGACUAUACGAAUACAUUGUAGCUAAUUAAAGCGCCCAGUAUAGUAUAUACGGGGAAAGAAGUAAAGAAAACUUUACAUUUGCAGUCAUUUUCAUCUAUGUAGAUUUCAUAUAGUUCGAAAGCUUACUGUGAUGUUUAAUGAUCAAAUUUUAAAUAUUGUGAUCUUUUGUCUUUUUUCCUCUAUAUUUAGAGCAAAUGUUGAAUACCUCAACACUAUUACCAUUAGGAAAUUCGCUAAAUGACUCGUUUUGCAAAAAUAUUACUUUUUGUAUGACGGUUGUAUAUUUUAUACUGAUUUUAGAAAUGUAUGAGGAAUAUUAAAAUUUAUUUAAAAUGAAUUUUAUAUAUUAUUAUUUUGUAAGGUAUUUGUUGUAUAUUUGAGAGUUAUACAGGGUGUAGCAAAAAGGCAGGUCAUAAAUUAAAUAACAUUCUGGGACCAAAAAUAGUUCGAUUGAACCUAACUUACCUUAGUACAAAUGUACACAUAAAAAAGUUACAGCCCUUUGACGUUACAAAAUGAAAAUCGAUUAUUUCCAAUAUAUCGAAAACUAUUAGAUUUUUCAUUGAAAAUGGACGUGUGUCAUAUUUUUGUGACAGGAAGAUCUAAAAAUAAAAUAACGGUAAAAUUUGUGCAUCCCAUAAAAAUUUUAUGGGGUUUUGUUCCCUUAAACCCCUCCAAAUAUUUGUGUACGUUCCAAUUAAAUUAUUAUUGUGGUACCAUUAGUUAAACACAAUGUUUUUAAAACUUUUUGCCUCUUAGUACUUUUUCGAGAAGCCCGUUUUCAUCGAGAUAUUUUGAGUAAAAUCCACCACAAUUUUAAAUGGUUAAGUAAGAUUAUAGGGACCUGAUAAUAAUAUUAAUAAAAUAAUAUUCUAUAAAUUACUUAACCAUUUACAAAUAUGUGGUGGAUUUUACAAAUGUUCAAAAUAUCUCGAUAAAAACUGGCUUAUCGAGAAAGUACCUACUAAGAGGCAAAGAAGUUUUAAAAACAUUGUGUUUAACUAAUGGUGCCAAAAUAACAAUGUACUUGCAACGUACACAAAUAUUUGGGAAAGUUUAAGGGAACAAAAUCCCCAUAUUUUUAUGGGGUUCACAAAUUUCACUGUUAUUUUUUUUAAGACGGUCCUGCCAUAUUAAUGCCACAUGUCAUGCCAUGAUUUUCAUUUUGUAACUUCAAAGGGCUCCAACUUUUUUUGUGUGCGCAUUUGUACUUUACGUUAGGUUCAAUCGAACUAUUUUUGAUCCCAGAAUAUGUGAUUUAAUUUAUGACCUGCCGUUUUGUUACACCCUGUAUAUAGGUAAAAAUGAAUAAACUUUUUCAACUGUGAUUAAAAACAAAAUGAUCCGUAGGAGGGUAUAUAAAUUAAUGACACUGUAAGAUAUCUUAUUUAUUAUUAGUUAUUAUCAUAUUUAACACAAUUAAUCCUUGUCUACGUAAUGUUCCAUGCAGUUUUUCCGUUAUAUUCGAAACUGCUGAAAGACUAUUACGUGAGCUCCGUUUCACCUGCAUACACAAUUAUUUAGAGUUGUUUCCUGCUUAUGGCCAUUCGUUUUCUGUCUUUCCUUGUUACCUCUAUGCUAAAUUUUCGGUAAUUAUAAGAGCUAUUGUUCUGUUCACGAGGCUUAGAGUAGUUAUUAUUUUAUAUGGAAUCAAACCACAAUUGAUUGUAAUGAAAAUGACAUAUUAUAUUUAUUUUGACGUUUCAAUUUCCCAUCUGGAUUUCAUUUUCAAAAAAUUAUAAAAUAAAAAUUCUUGGAAUAUUAGAAUAUUGUGUAUCUCCAGGUUAGGAAGACGUCCAAUCGUUCUUUGUUUUUUUCGUUACUACUUACUGAUAUAUUUUCAGUGAUUAUAGGAGCUCCUGUUCCGUUUAAGAGGCCUAUAAAGUUGUAUGGCUUCAGGGUUAGAAAGACCCCUUAAUUCUUCACACUUUAUUUCUGCUGUAAUCGUUCGUAUUCAUGUGUUUUUCGUUCAUAUCUAUUAUAUCUUUGUUUAUUGCCUUACCUUGAUAUUUACAUGAUAAUUUUCAGGUUUCAGAAUAUUAUGUAUCUUCAGAUUAGGAAGACACUAUCCCUAUCCACUCUCUCUUUCAGAUGUAUCUGUAAAAUGUCCUAUUAUUUCGAUGUUUCCAUUUAUUUAUUAUAUUUUAGUUUUUUCUCUCCAUGCCCAUUGUUUGUUGUUUUUUCGUCUUUCCUUAUUACUACUGAUAUAUUUUCCUGAUAUUAUAAGAUUUCCUAUUCUGUUUAAGAAGCUUAAAAUAUUGUGCAACUUCAGAUUAGGAAGAACAGAUUUCACUCCUUUUUGAUGAGGUAUUUAAAUUAGUACUCUUUUCUAUUUGGAUUAUUCUCUAUCCAUGCCCAUUUGUUCAUCGUUUUUCAUUUUUCAUUACUACUUUCUAAUAAAAUCCAUAAGGAAAAAAUUUCCUGUAGCUGGCUGUAUACCAUUAAUUACAAAAUUGAAGAAAAAAAUCUUCUGUGUAAAAGGUAUAUUUAUUUGAAAACCCCAAUAAUGAGCUACAUUAAAAAACAGAACGUUUUCGCUCUAAAGAGAGCAUCAUCAUUGUUCUUUGCCUAAGAUAAGUAUAACCAUAAUUAGUGAAGACAAAAGUAAAAAAUUUAAAGGUUGACCAAGAUAAAAAAUUAGGUUAUACUCACAAGCUCUACAUGCUAAGCCACCAAAAAUACAUGGGUUAAAACCCUUAAAAUGUCGACUAAAAGUCUUACAUUGACAUGUUGUAUACUAAAUCCUGUAUUUUUGGUGGCUUAGCAUGUAGAGCUUGUGAGUAUAACCUAAUUUUUUAUCUUGGUCAAGCUUUAAAUUUUUUUACUUUUGUCUUCACUAAUUAUGGUUAUAUGUACUUAUUUUAGGCAAAGAACACUGAUGAGGCUCUCUUUAGGGCGAAAACGUUCUGUUUUUUAAUGUAGUCCUUUAUUGGGGUUUUCAAAUAAAUAUACCUUUUACAUAGAAGAUUUUUUUCUUCAAUUUCACUUUCUAAUAAAUUACCAGGAAUUAUAAUAACUGCUGUUCCGCUUAAGUAUUUCCUCUAAGAUGACUAAUACGUAGCUUCAGAUUAGGAAGACUCUUUUUGAUGUGGUCGUUCAGUAUACCGAACAUUAUUUCAAAUAUUUUCUAUUGUUUUUUUUCUAUCCGAGGCUACUCAAUCUUUGUUUUUGUCUUUUCUUAUUACUUUCUAAUAAACAUUGAGGGAAUAUAAGCUUAUCUUCUACUAGAGUUCCCUCGCAGAUGAGUAUUGUAUGUUAUUUCACUCUUUCUUUCUGAUGUGUUAUUUAAAUGUACUAUUACAGCAGACGUUUUCAUUUCAAUUUUGUUUUCUGUCGAUGUCCUUUAUUUUUUACUUUCUUUACUACUUACUGAUACAUUUUCAGUGAUUAUAAGAAAUCAUAUGCCACUUGAAGAGUGUCAUCAAAGAUAAAUAUUUUAUAUCUUUAGAGUAGGAGGACUUUUAUUACACCUCUUUUUCAAUUCCAUUCGUUAUUUGUUUUUAUCUUUGCUUAUUAGACCCUUGUUCCGUACAAAAGGCUUAGAAUGUUGCGUGGCUUCGUAUCAAAAAGACCUUUUUUCUAUUUUUUUGCUGCUGUGUUUUUUCUUCCAAGUCUUUUUAAAUAUUGUAGAUAUUUUCAUUUAAAUUUUAGUUGUCUGUUCACUUCCUUUCAGUUCCGGUUUUUGACUAUCUUUACUAUUUCCAUGAUAAAUUUUGAGUGAUUAAAAGAUUUCCAAACGGGACUUUGGAGAUAUAUAUGUAGCGUCAGGUUAGGAAUCCCAAUUUUACUUUACUCUUUCUUUCUGUCGAGAUUGCGCAAUUUGCUAAUAUUUCGCAAUUCAGUUUUCAUUUCUAUUGUAGUUUUAAUGCUUCAUCACAGUCAUCACGACGUGACAAAACUUGACCAGAUCUCAGAUCUAUUACUUAUUAACAUUCUUUUUAUUCUGAGCUGAGAGUAGUCUCAGCUCUUCUGGUAUAAACAGAAGACUGGAGAUUAGAUCUCGAGAUCAUAAAUACUCAUACCACUUUUGACAAGCGCAGUCUCGGUGACAAGUCACAGUUUUUCUCGGAGAGUUUGAGGCUAUUUUGUCUCAAAUGGACACUGUUUCCAAUUUUAGCUAUAUUAAAUUGAUUUAAAAAUAUUUUUAAUUUUAGUACUAUUUUAAGCCACUUUGGUGUCAAUUCUUACUUACAAUACUAAAAUAUCAGAAAAAAAAAAAGAAUAAGUAAAGAUUUUUUUAGGAAGAAUACAUUUUACUCAAAAAAUAGGUUAUUUGAAUAACAAAGGUGAUACUUUUCAAAUAAAACCUUUUUCUAUAUUUUAAAGUUCCUCAUACUUAUAGAAUACGGCUUUAUCAACUAUGUGUAUACUUGUCAAGUGGAAAAAUAUUGUUCAGUCGAUAUUUUUUAUAUAUAAUCCUCCCUUAGCAAUUUUUUGUCGUGUGAAUGUUGCUCUUUAAUAUUAUUGUUCGGAAAUCUAAACGAUCUUUUCAUGUUAACAGAAUCCUUUCAUCAUUUCAGUUAUUUGUAUACAAUAUUUUGAAGAGAUUAUUUUUUUAAUUGUAACGUGUAUAACAAAGAUAUAUCUCAAAUAUAAGUUUAUUGUCUUAUAAGAA